AUGACCGCUGCCACCACAGCUGCCACGAGCAGGGCCUUAUCGCCCGACCUGGGUUCAGCCUCAACUGCCAACAGUAUCAAAGACGAACACGAUAACGAAACUCACGCAAAAUCCACGAAAAACAUCAACCAAGAGAUCGGAGAACUUGCGCGACAACUUUCAAGGGUAUCAACAACAGCUGGAGCAGAAUUACAGGCCUUCUCACCACAACCCGGUUCGAAACUAGACCCCAACUCAACAAACUUCGAUCCACGAUCAUGGGUAAAGGCAUUCGUCAAACUCGUCGAGUCAGAAGAAGGCUCAGCGCCAACGCGAAGUCUGGGUGUUGCGUUCAGAAAUUUGAAUGUUUACGGUUGGGGCACUGGAGCCUCGCAUCAAAAGACCUUUGUGGACUAUCCUGUGGAUGCUAUCUCAUAUGUUUCAGGUCUUCUGAGUGGAAGGAAGAAAAAGAAGGUCGACAUUCUUCGCAAUUUUGAGGGUGUCAUCGAGCAGGGAGAGCUGCUACUCGUGCUUGGCCCCCCUGGAUCAGGUUGCUCGACGCUCCUCAAAACUAUUGCGGGAGAGACAGCCGGUCUUGAAGUCGGAUCGGAUUCUUACAUGAAUUUCAGAGGUAUUGACGAAAACCACAUGCGCUCCUCCUUCAGAGGCGAUGUUCUCUACAACGCCGAGAUCGACUGCCAUCUCGCGCACUUGACAGUUGGCGAAACCCUCUCUUUCGCCUCAAGCGCCCAUUCUCUUCGUCAUGUCCCCGGCGGCGUCACCCGUUCUCAAGCAGAUACCAUGAUGCGAGACGUCAUGAUGUCCAUUUUUGGCAUCUCCCACACCGUCGAUACUCGCGUAGGAGACGAUUUCGUCCGCGGCGUGAGUGGUGGUGAGCGAAAGCGCGUCAGUAUCGCAGAAGCAGCCCUGACCGGAGCUAAGCUUCAAUGCUGGGAUAACACCACACGUGGCCUGGAUAGCGGAAAUGCAAUCAACUUUUGCCGGAACUUGCGCCUUCAGGCUGAUCUUGUGGGGGUUGCUGCUGCGGUGGCAAUUUAUCAGGCGCCGCAGUCAGCUUACGAGCUAUUCGAUCGGGUGACAGUGUUGUAUGAAGGAAAGCAAAUCUUCUUUGGUCGGAUUCACGAAGCCAAGGCUUACUUCGAGAACUUAGGCUUUGAGUGCCCUGAUCGUCAAACAACACCUGAUUUUCUCACCUCCAUGACCAGUCCCCAAGAGCGACGCGUAAAGCCCGGCUUCGAACACAUCGCUCCCCGAACUCCCUCCGACUUCGCCGAGCGCUGGCAAGCAAGCUCCCAUCACAAGGCACUCGGCCUUGAAUUGGAAACCUACGAGCAAAACCAUCCCCGUGCUGAACGCUUGGCCGAGUACAAGGAGUCUCGCCGAGCAGAGCAGUUCAAGGGCCAGCGCAGCAAGUCGCCGUACACGAUAUCGUACCUUGCCCAGGUGAAGCUUACACUUUGGCGAGGAUGGCGACGGUUACUUGCCGACCCUGGCUUUACGAUCGCCUCUUUGGUGUUCAAUCUGAUCAUGGCGCUGGUCUUGGGGAGUAUGUUCUUCAACCUUCCCGAUGAUUCGUCAAGCUUUUAUUACCGUGGUGGUUUAAUCUUCUUUGCUUUACUGUUCAAUGCCUUUGCCAGUCAACUUGAGGUCCUUACUGUCUACGCUGAACGGCCUGUUGUCGAGAAGCACAAUCGCUAUGCCUUCUACCACCAAUCCGCUCAGGCCAUCGCCAGUUACAUCAUCGAUCUUCCUUACAAGACCGUGAACAUGAUCAUCUUCAACCUAAUCAUGUACUUCAUGGCGAACCUCCGGCGUGAGCCAGGCAGUUUCUUCUUCUUCUGUCUCACCUCUUAUCUCACAACGCUGGUCAUGUCAUGUAUCUACCGCACUCUCGCCUGCGUGACGCGCACGAUUCACCAAGCCAUGGUUCCUGUCUCAAUUCUCAGUCUGGGGCUGAUGAUCUAUACUGGCUUUACCAUGCCUACGGAUUACAUGCUUGGAUGGUCCCGAUGGAUGAACUACAUCAAUCCCCUUGCCUAUGCUUUUGAGGCGUUGAUGGCGAAUGAAUUUCAUAGUCGGGAGUUUGACUGUGCUACCAUGGUUCCUCAAGGUCCUGGAUAUGAUAAUCUGCCGGCUAAUUCGACUAUCUGCUCUGUUGUUGGUGCACUGCCUGGAACGUCCAGAGUCGAUGGCGAUAGGUACAUUAACGAGUCAUACAAAUACUACAACGCUCACAAGUGGCGAAACAUUGGUAUUCUUCUCGGAUUCAUAGCUGGCUUCUUGGUCUUCUACAUCUUCGCAGCUGAGCACGCAAAGCCUCCCCGGAGCAAGGGCGAGAUUCUCGUCUUCCGCAAGGGACGUAUGCCUCCCAACUUUGAGAAGAAGGAUGGCACGGAUGUUGAAGCUCAAGCUACUGAACGACCUGUCGUUGCUGAGAAGGGUACCGAUAACGCUACUAGUGGACUCACUGCUGGUGCAUCUGUGUUUCACUGGGAAGAUCUCUGCUAUGAUAUUCAAAUCAAAGGUAAAGACCGACGUCUGUUGGACAAGGUUGACGGUUGGGUCAAGCCCGGUCUAUCCACUGCUUUAAUGGGUGUAUCCGGUGCCGGCAAAACAACGCUCCUCGACGUUCUCGCUACACGCGUAACAAUGGGUAUCGUUAGCGGCAACACCCACAUUGACGGUCAAUCCACCGACGCCUCAUUCCAACACCGCGUCGGCUACGUCCAACAGCAAGACCUCCACCUCAACACCCAAACCGUCCGCGAAGCCCUCGAAUUUAGCGCCCUCCUCCGCCAAUCCUCCGAAAUUCCUCGCAAAGAAAAGCUCGCCUAUGUAGAGCACGUCAUAGACAUGUUAGAUAUGCAAGAAUUCUCAGAUGCAGUCAUCGGAGUUCCUGGUGAGGGCUUGAACGUUGAGCAGAGGAAGCGAUUGACGAUUGGCGUGGAACUCGCUGCCAGACCGCAAUUGCUGGUGUUUUUGGAUGAGCCGACUUCAGGACUUGACUCGCAGACUUCAUGGGCAAUUUGUGAUCUGAUUGAGAAGCUUACAGCUAGUGGUCAGGCUGUGUUGUGCACGAUCCAUCAGCCUUCUGCUAUGCUAUUCCAGCGUUUUGAUCGACUGCUGUUGCUUGCGCCUGGCGGAAAGACGGUGUAUUUUGGUGAUCUCGGCGAGCAGUCAAAGACUCUUCUCAACUACUUUGAGCGCAACGGCGCUCUCCCCUGUCCCUCUGACGCAAACCCUGCGGAGUACAUGCUCAACAUCAUCCAACCUUCCCACGAUGAGGACGUCGAGAACAUCGACUGGCACCGAAUUUGGAGAAGCUCCCCCGAAUUCCAAGACGUCAAGAAGGAGCUUCAGCGACUUAACUCUCUCCCAUCUACACAGAUUACAGGUACCAGCGCCUUCGACAACGCAGAUGCAUCGCAGCAUCAGGAGUUCGUAGCUUCAUUCUGGACGCAGUUCCGUGAGGUUCUGAAACGUGUUUGGAAGCAUUUCUGGCGUUCUCCCAAUUAUAUCUGGUCCAAGAUAAUCUUGAUUGUUCUAUCGUCCCUCUACAUCGGUUUCACGUUCGAUGCCAAAAACACCAUCCAGGGUUUACAGAAUCAGCUUUAUGCUAUUUUCAUGUACAUGGUUCUUUUCCAGAGUAUCAGCAAUCAGAUCAUGCCUAUGUUUGUUCCGCAGCGAUCUCUGUAUGAGGUUCGCGAGAGGCCGUCCAAAAUCUACCGCUGGAACACUUAUAUCCUGUCCAACAUCUUGGUGGAAGCAGCCUGGAACACCUUCAUGUCCGUCAUCAUCUACUUCUGCUGGUACUAUCCUGUUGGCUUCGUACAGAAUACCACGUCCGAUGAUCAACAGAUCCGAGGCUUCCUCGUGUUUCUGUUCUUGUGGAUGUUCAUGCUCUUCACAAGUACCUUUUCACAUUUCGCUAUCGUAUGUAUCGGUACCGGUGAAGAGGCCGGUGUUCUUGCGACUUUACUUUGGAUGCUAUGCAUCGCCUUCUGCGGCGUCGGCGUGACUUAUAACGACAUUCCCACCUUCUGGACCUUCAUGUACUACGUCUCCCCGGCAACAUACAUAGUCGGUGGCAUAAUGUCCGUCGCAGUCUACGGCUCCGGAGUUGUAUGCGCCAAUAAUGAGAUCCUCCAGAUGCAAGUCCCUAGCGGCAUGAACUUGACCUGUAAUGAUUUCAUGGGUCCUUUCGUCGACGCAGCUGGUGGAUACCUUGUGGAUCGUUCUUCAACUGAUGUUUGUGAAUAUUGUUCGCUUGCAUCUACGGAGCAGUUUCUGGCCAGGUUUAACAUUGACUAUGCUGAUCGUUGGUGGCACUUCGGUUUGCUUUGGGUUUAUGUUAUUGUGAAUAUCCUUGGAGCGCUGGGGUUGUAUUGGAUGUUUAGGGUGCCGAGAGGAAGUGGUGUUAAGAGAGCUUAA